AUGACGCAGGACGCACGGCUUUUCUCGCCCUGCUCUUCCCUCCGAGGCGUCACACAUACUUCGGUUUUCAGAAUCUCUGGACACACCUCAGCCAACAUAACCAUGUCUGACUUCUCUGAAGAUCAAGUCCUUGAGUAUAAGGAGUCUUUCCUGCUGUUUGACAAAACUGGAGAUGGAAAGAUCAGCUAUUGCCAGUGUGGGGACGUCAUGCGUGCACUGGGGCAGAACCCUGUCAAUGCAGAGGUGCUCAAAGUUCUGGGUAACCCCAAGGCCGAGGAGAUGACCACCAAAAUGGUGAACUUUGAAGAGUUUUUGCCCAUGUUCCAAGCCAUUUGCAAGAACAAAGAUCAAGGUUCCAUGGAAGAUUUUGUUGAAGGCUUGCGUGUCUUUGAUAAGGAGGGCAAUGGAACAGUAAUGGGGGCUGAGCUUCGCCACGUUCUCACCACGCUAGGUGAGAAAAUGACAGAAGAGGAGGUGGAGAUGCUCUUGGCAGGACAUGAAGAUGCAAAUGGCUGCAUCAAUUAUGAAGCAUUUGUCCGUCACAUCCUGUCAGGCUGAGGCUGGUACGGGCAUUGGGUAUAUCAUGAAACUGGUCAGGAUGGUCAUGAACGGCUGAAGAUGACAAGAGUCUUACAUUUUAGAACUUCUUCUUUGCAUUUACCCUUUUAUAAGUCACAUCAUGAACCUUUCUAUACAUUUCCAAAUAUUCAUAUUUUUACUUAAUUUAAGUGCCUUGACAUUCCUUAGGUCACCAACUGACCCCACAAAACAUGUCUUUAUAUUUUGUGCAUGUUUUGUUUCAGUAACAGGGGCAGCACUUACUUUUACAAUUUGAAUCACAUGCUGUAGUUAUAACUGCCUUUGUACCCCUAGAUCAUAGAUCUAUGUACAGUAGGUAGCUACCUACCAUGUCACAGGUAAGCUGCCACACCAAAUUAUAUUGUAGAUUUAUACUGUUAAAGUCACACAAUCAUGAUGCAUUUUAAAUAGACCUCCAUAUUUUAAACUCACCCAUACGAUUUCUGCAUUUUAAAUAAAUGAGUCCUGAAAACCAA